AUGACCAAAGCCACCGGUGUCAGACAAUACCGAGCAUGCGUGAGAUGCCGCGCUCGGAAGACGCGGUGCGACUUAAAUAGCGUUGGGGAGAACGGCAAGCCACCAUGCGCAAAAUGCGUCCGCGAGGGAACAGACUGUUCACUUGCUGGCUCUCGACGCGGGGGAGACUUCUCACAGUACCGGAGUACCAAAAGACAAAGACGAGACAGCGAUAUCCCAAGCGCAACCUCGGCGACACCAACAACCCGCUUUACUGGUCCAGAAGCUGCAGCAGAGACCCCUAGAGCCCGAGAAGAGCCGUUACAUCGGUCCCUUCAGAAUCCCUCAGAUGCGCUCCUCAUACUCGCCCGAGCCGCUGAGGACGAAGACGGCGAAGGGCCUGCCCUAGACAACCCUGCUGGUUCAACCCCCGGCAACGCAUCUUCAGUCCUAGGUUCGAUUCUUUCACCAGUCCAACAGAACCGGCAAGAUCCAUUCUUGCCAUUUGGCUCUCCCGUAAAUCCAGCUACUAUCGAGCGAGACAUCGGGGAGUACCCGCCGGUUAAGAAUGGCGCCUUGGAUGCUCCUCUUCUACACCAUCUCUUACAGCACUAUGCAACCAAUUACCAUUGCUACUUCCCGAUAGUGCCAGCCAACGUUUUACUUCCGCAAUACCUCCACGAGACGAUAAAGCACGAGUCAUUUCUUCUCACGGCGGCCCUCGUGGUGGCUUCGCGGGACCGACCAGACCUGACAGAACUUCAUCAAUCAAUAUGGACACAUAUGCGACACCUGAUACUCGACGUUGUGUUGGGAAUGUCUACGAUCCGUAGCGUCGGUUGUGUCGAGGGCCUACUACUGCUGGGAGAAUGGACACCCCUCCUUCUCGGCCAGAACGACGAUGGCGGCGAAGGAGCUGCUUGGUCUAUAGUGGGUUUAGGCGUCCGACUUGCGUAUCUGCUACGACUGGAAGAAAGCUCCUUUCGAGCAGACAAAGAGGCUGACCCCGCGAUGCUCCGAAGGCGUCUGGCCUGGACAUUUACCUAUCUCUCCGACCGACAGAUAUCUAUUCGAAUGGGACAGGCUUUUUGGUCCCGUGGCCCUGCGCUGUCUGCUCGGUUCACCGCAGAGGACUUCCCCUCCCUUCAGCCCCGAUAUGCUUCCGGGGAUGACUUCGCGUCACUGCUUCAAGCGCAGGUUGAGCUAACAACCCUUUUCGGCAACGCCCACGACAUCUUGUUUGCCUCCAAACAGAGGACCGCUGAGCUCAUGGUCCGUGGUGACUACACUAAGUACAUUGACGAUGCAAGUCGCGCCAUCGUUGCGUGGGAUCUGGUCUGGGCCCGGUUGACAGCCCCCUCUCACCUCAAGUGCUGCUUGAGAAUGAUGGAGAAGUACCUCCGUCUCUACGUAAAUGCCUUUGCUUUUCAAGCUGUCCUGUACAGGGCAUCGUUAUCUGGCACGGAUGUAUCGAGGGUCUCGUGUUUCCCGCACUCAGCCAUGGCGAGCCCGGAUGCACGAAUGGUUUACGAGGCAGUUGAUGCUGCGGAAGCACUGCUCAAGAUUGCGAUCGAGGACAUUGACCCCGAGAGACACUUGCGGUUCAUGCCAGCUCGGUUUUACUUGUAUGAGAUACACUCAGCCGUCUUCCUCUAUAAAGCUCAUGCAGCUGGAGCGAUCUCGUCUGGGAAACACGCCCAGACUGCCAAUCUUAUGCGGCGGUUUGUCGGCGUUCUAGAAACUGCAGCCACAAAUACCGAGCACAUUGCAUCCAAGUAUGCAAAGCUACUCAAUGGUUUGUGGUUUCAUAAAAGAGGAUCGAGAGGUGAUGCCACCAGAAGUCGGAUUUCUGAGGAAAGGGCACAUGCCGAUGAAGUUGGCAAUCUCGCCUUUGCCCAAGUCAAUGAUGAUGAGCAUGAUGACGACACAAGCCAUCUCCCCUCCUUCGACGAGAUUGGUCUCCAACCUUUGGACUGGAUUGAAUCUGUCGAAGGACUGUUCUCAAUGCCCGCCGCUUUCCCUUGGGACCAAUCGAUAUACUAGAAGUAUUUUCAGUCGGAUUCUACCUCGGGAAAUCGACUAUCAUUACCAUUGUAGCCGGCCAUUUUCCGCGAAUUACAAUGGAAGAUGAAUCACAAAAGUGUGCCGAGGCAAUGAACUUGACGCAUGACAGUUAAUCAGUGGUCUUAAUUGACUGAGUCGUGUGAUGCAUCACUACUCUGACGCAGCAUUUAACCCUUGCGUGGAGCUCCUCUUCCCCGCGCUCAGUGGGAGGAGCUCCACGUCCACUUCCUCCACUGCUCGUAAACCACGAGCGAUGCGGACGGAGCUACUGCAAGUGAUCUACAAUCUCUGGGGCAGCUCCUCUUGAAGUCGUCUUGGUUGUCAUGA